UUUUAUCGGCGUUUUCUUCUUUCACUAGGUUUUAAUAAUGGGAUCUUCAGGUAUAUCGCUGGCUGUGGCUUGUGUGAUUUGUUGGUGCUUCUGUUCCAUGGAGGCAUCUCAUGUGGUGUAUGAAGACCUGCAAUCCAUAUCACCUACCUUGGUCAACGAUGAACUGAAGCCCGUAUACCAUUUCCGUCCCCCUAGACAUUGGAUCAACGAUCCAAAUGGGCCUCUGUACUACAAGGGCAUCUACCACCUGUUCUACCAGUACAACCCCUACGGCUCGGUGUGGGGCAACAUCGUGUGGGCCCACUCGGUCUCGGCCGACAUGAUCAACUGGAAGGCGCUCGACCCUGCGAUCUACCCGUCCCAGCCAUUCGACAUCUACGGGUGCUGGUCCGGCUCCGCAACCAUCCUCCCCGGCGACAAGCCCGUGAUAGUGUACACAGGCAUCGACCCUCAGAAACGACAGAUCCAAAACAUCGCCUUCCCCAGCAACUUAUCCGAUCCCUACCUGCGCGAAUGGACUAAGCCGGACCACAACCCCGUGAUCGACCCGUCGGAUUCCGCCGUCAACGCGAGCGCGUUCCGUGAUCCGACCACGGCGUGGUAUACGCCCCACGACCAGCACUGGUCUCUGGUGAUAGGCACCAGGAGAGGGAGCAGGGGCGUGGCCGUCUUGUACAAGAGCAAGGAUUUCGUCAAGUGGACCAAGGCGCGCCACCCGCUGCACUCGGCCAAGGGCACCGGGAUGUGGGAGUGCCCGGACGUGUACCCGGUGGCCUUGGAGGGGAACCAAGGGUUGGACACCGGCGAAGUGGGUGCUGGGGUCAAGCACGUCUUUAAGGUUAGCCUGGACGAGACGCGAUUCGACUACUACACGUUGGGCACGUACUACCCUAAGGCGGAUAAGUACAUACCGGAUGCUAACUCUACGGAUAAUCGUAAUGGGCUGAGGUAUGACUAUGGCAACUUUUAUGCGUCCAAGUCGUUCUACGAUCCUGCGAAGAAACGGAGGAUUUUGUGGGGGUGGGCCAAUGAAUCGGACAGUGCUAAUGCCGACAAGGACAAGGGUUGGGCGGGAGUUCAGGCGAUUCCAAGAGCUGUGUGGCUCGAUAGCAACGGUAGGCAACUCGUUCAAUGGCCGAUCGAGGAGUUGGAAACGCUCAGACACAAGCACGGGUCCGUCAAGAACAGAAACAUCCCGAGUGGUACUUCUUUUGAAGUCAAGAACAUACUGACAGCGCAGGCUGAUGUGGAGGUAACAUUCGAGGUUGGAAGCCUAGAAAAUGCCGAGGCAUUCGAUCCACUUUAUGCCACUGAUGCUCAAGCACUGUGUGCCAAAAUGACGGCAAAAACAAAGGGUGGGGUUGGCCCAUUUGGACUCCUGGUUUUGGCUUCAGCCGACCAAGAAGAGGCUACUGCUGUCUUCUUCAGGAUCUUCAAAGCUCAAGACAAGCACGUGGUCCUCAUGUGCCAUGAUCCUACUAGGUCAUCUAAGAGGGAAAUGAUAUACAAACCUACUUUUGCCGGCUUUGUCGAUGUCGAUAUCGAAAAGACAAACAAGAUAUCUCUUAGAAGCUUGAUUGAUCACUCGGUGGUGGAGAGCUUUGGGGAAGGAGGCAAGACUUGCAUCACGUCAAGAGUUUAUCCCAGCAUAGCGAUCGGACAACAAGCUCAUAUGUUCGUGUUCAACAAUGGUGCAGAAGACGUGAAGGUUUCAGAACUAAAUGCAUGGGAGAUGAAAGCACCAGAAAUGAAUGACGACAUUAUCUUUUGAAAUGACAACUUUCUCUUCUAAUUAAUUUGGCUC